ACACCUUCGGGAAUCCGUGCUCGGCUUAGCUUCCCGGCCACAUCGUCUAGCUCUAGCCGGCCGGGCCGCCUAUCCGUCAAUCCAUCUCCGGAGCAGGGGAUGGGCUGCGCUUCGUCUUCGGUGGCGGCGUCGCCGUCGUGUCGGUCCGCUCGUGCACCCGGCUACGAGGAGCCCGUCGUCCUCGCCUCCCAGACCUGCUUUACGGUGAACGAGGUGGAGGCGUUGUACGAGCUCUACAAGAAGCUCAGCUUCUCCAUCGUCGGAGACGGCCUCAUCCACAAGGAGGAAUUCCAGCUCGCCUUGUUCAGGACCAGCAAAGGAGCGAAUCUCUUCGCCGACAGGGUGUUCGAUCUGUUUGACCUCAAGCGGAACGGUGUCAUCGAGUUCGGGGAGUUCGUGCGGUCGCUCAGUACGUUCCACCCAAAAGCGCCUGAAAAGGACAAGACUGCGUUUGCAUUCAAAUUGUACGAUUUGAGGGGCACGGGCUACAUCGAGAAAGUGGAGCUCAAGGAGAUGGUCUUGGCAAUUCUGGACGAGUCGGACCUACUCCUUUCGGAUAAUGCUGUAGACGCAAUUGUCGAUAAUACAUUCAGUCAAGCCGACUCCAAUGGCGAUGGCAGGAUAGACCCCAAGGAAUGGGAGGAGUUUGUGAAGAAGCACCCAGCAUCACUAAGGAACAUGUCACUUCCGUAUCUCCAGAAAUAUUUAAUGAAGAGGGUCAUUCCUUUAGCAACACACUUGAUCCAUAUGUGGUCCUAUCUACAGUCGGUGGACGUGCGACUGGAUAUGGAUAUUGGGUGCAACCGCCUGGUUAUGGUUGCACGGGAUUUCUACAACCGGUGCGGAUGGUCUGCUGAUAGGCGUUUGGAAUGCUGAUGCAAAGAAGCUUCAUGUUGCUAUUCUUUUUUAGAUGGCUCAUUUUUGUUGAGACCCUUUGUGAUCCGUGAUUUGUAAUAAGUCUUUAGUCGUUCGUGUGUACAACUGGAUUUGUUUUAAAUCUUAAUAAAGCGGCCGUAUGCAUCAUUUUGAUGCAGAGGCUGGGGAAACCCAUUUCGAA